CCUAUCAACGUCUUGGUCUAUUUCCAAGCAGUAUGAACAGCUUCUGCGUCACGUACGUGUAUAUCACUAUCACUAGACGUUCACGUAGGGCACGAGUUGGUACAGAGGAGAUGAUGCAAGGCUAUUGAAUAGACUACAAGCCUAGUGCCGUCGUUGCCGUUCAAACAUUGCUUCCGAAACUUCUCCGCUGCCGCGGUUGCCGUUUAAGCCUUUCUUCAGAAGCUUCUCCACCACCCCGAUUUGCAAACAACGUCAUUCUCCAGAACCAAAGGCACGACCGCUGCGAUCUUGGGGCUCACGGCCUGACUUCAUCAACAACCUCCGCCCGUUACUCAAGCGGCGACACAUCGCUAGUAAUCAAGUUCAGGGAGACAAAUCUCGUAUAAUGGCAUCUUUCUUUUAUUCCACAAAAACAGGCAGCAAAAGCACAUACCCGCUCCCGGACAGCCUCAACGCCGAUGACAUUCUCCAGAUUCUGCACAAUCAUUCAGUGCUAUCCCAGAUAUUCUGGCCACACUCAUCUGCCACAAUUCGCACCCAGCCAAGUUCCACGUCAAAUGUGUCCAAUUUCAUCGUUGGGCAGUAUGGGUCGGAAUACAAAGCGACCCUGUGCAGCCAGUCGGAUGGGGUGGUGUGCACCGAAGAAAUGCCGCUGGGAGUCAAAGCUACAAUCACUUACGUGGUAGUGGGUCGCGAUCAACUUGCCAAACAGCAGAUUGCACGUAGCGAGAUAGGCGAAGCAGGCUCGACUUCAAGCUCACUUAAUCUGUCCAACUCGUCCACCACACCGCUGGAUCACCAACUCUACCUGCUCGAGGAGAUAGCAGCAACUGCUUUCAAACCACUCGCUUCUUUGAUCAGUAUAAAGCAAAACAAGCUCAUUCCCAAAACAGGGAAUCUAGUGAAGGUUUUGGAGAAUCUGGGUGGGCCGCAGAAGGAUCUCAUUUCUGCGUUGUCGGAGUUGAAUGACAUCAGAACACAUGUAGAUGCCGAUAUUUCGCUGGACAAGGCAAAGGAGGAAUAGCAAGUAGAGCGUGCCGCUCUAUGGCCGCAAGUACACUUGCCAAGCGCGAACGGUACGAGUACGAGUGCUCUACCAACGGCGGUCUCGGCUUUGCGGACUGCUUCAAUGACUCGCAAAACACCUAUCUGCUCAACACUGAUUCGGAUUACCAGCAGAUGGACGGGGAUGUGCAGUAUUACUACCCUGAUCUAGAGUAUACUUGGGGCGCCGAGAUCCAGACUACGAUCAGAAUGCUAGGACUACGAUUGGGUCGGGGAGUAAUGCGGCUUUUAGGGGGAGUGAUCAUGCGAGUAGUAUU